AUGAACAGCAAAUAUACCUCUGAAGGUUAUUAUAGUAACCACAUUUUCUCUCUCACUUCAGGGUUUCAUUCUUUUUUUUUUUUUACAUUUAGUUUUCAUUCUACUUUUACACAUCUUUCCUUGUAUCAGCUUUGUCAUUUUCACUUUCUUUCAUUUUUCUUUCUUGCCUUCCCAGUCAGUCUCUCUUUCACUCCAGAUUUUCAUUCUCUUUUUACAUUCAAUUUUCAUUCUACUUUUCCUUCCUUCCUUCCUUCCUUCCUUCCUUCAUUGUUCUUUCUCUUUUUUCCUGUUAGUCUCUCCUUCACUUCAGGGUUUCAUUCUCUUUUUACAUUCAGUUUUCAUUCUACUUUUCCUUCCUUCCUUCCUUCAUUGUUCUUUCUCUUUUUUCCUGUUAGUCUCUCCUUCACUUCAGGGUUUCAUUCUCUUUUUACAUUCAGUUUUCAUUCUACUUUUCCUUCCUUCCUUCUUUCUAUCAUUUUCACUUUCUUUCACUUUUUUCUUUCUAUUUGUUCCACUCAGUCUCUCCUUCCUUUCUUCUUUCCAUACAGCUCUAUCCCAAUCUUUAAUAUAUCACUUCACUUUGCUGCACGAAGGAGAAAUUGUGAGGCAAGCCUGAACAAACAAUAA